CAGAACGGGGUUGUAAUAAAAGAAGUGGAUGUGGGUCAGCCGUGUUUGUCCUGUAAAUGCGCCGGCUUUACAUAUCACUCUUGGAGAAUGCUGGCCGGUCGGACGUUAAAGGGUUUGCAGCCGAGCUCACUCGAGUCGCUAGCGUUGAUAUUGCAGGAUGCGCCAUAAAAGGGUGGGUCAACCACAGUACGCAUGCAUAACAUGCAAGGUAGCAAGUGCACUGGAACCGACAUAAGCCCACUUUCGACCUCACUUAUACCAUGGCCUGGUAUGCGUCUGAGUUGCAUUCGAAUCUUGGAACUCUACUGUAAGGUUUUCAACCAGAUCGAACUCUAUGACCUGAUAAUUAGGAAAUCUUGCAGCACGUGCAAGUGCCCAAGAGAAUCUCACGAUGUGUUCCACGAAGAGUGGGUCAACGUAAAGGACCGCAUUGGAUGCAAAGUGCACUUGAACUCGGACCUCAAACUCAGCACAAGGGAGCAAAGCAUCAGCCAAGGAUACUCCUGGAUUCCUGGUGGUCUCACACCUAAUUAUGUUCAAAAAUACUUCAGCACAUUGCCAGCGUCGAAAGUCCCGAAAUUGGGAACCCCCGGCGAGCGGUACCGGGACCGGCAGCUGCUGCUGCAGUUGCCCAAACAGGAUCUCGCGUUGGCGUACUGCAAACACGUCGACUCGGUGCACCACGCCUCCUAUGAAGACUUUGUUACUGCGCGAAAUGAAAUUGCCCUGGACAUAGGAUACAUCAAAGUCAACCCUAGCAAUGCUGUGAAAUGCCAGAGGUGCAAAGGAGCGAUCGGAGGCGGAGACAUCGGCGUGGUGGCGCCGAAAUUCGGCGACGAUGUCAUGUGGCACCCAGCCUGUUUUUCCUGUGAUUCAUGUUCCGAGUUGCUUGUGGAUUUAACUUAUUGUGUGCAUGAUGAAGAACUGUACUGUGAGCGACACUACGCGGAACAGCUGAAGCCGCGCUGUGCAGCCUGUGAUGAGUUAAUUUUUAGUGGCGAGUACACAAAGGCGAUGAACAAGGACUGGCAUUCCAGCCACUUCUGCUGCUGGCAGUGUGAUGAGUCCCUCACCGGGCACCGCUACGUCCUUAGGGACGACCACCCUUACUGCAUCUCGUGCUACGAGUCCGUCUUCGCCAACCAGUGCGAGGAGUGCAACAAGAUCAUUGGCAUUGACUCUAAGGAUUUGUCGUACAAAGACAAGCACUGGCACGAGGCCUGCUUCCUGUGCAGCAAAUGCAGGGUGUCGUUGGUCGACAAGCAGUUCGGCGCCAAGGCCGACAAAAUCUACUGCGGCAAUUGCUACGACACGCAGUUCGCGUCCCGCUGCGAUGGAUGCGGCGAAAUCUUCCGAGCAGGUACAAAGAAGAUGGAAUACAAGACCCGUCAGUGGCACGAGAAGUGUUUCUGCUGUUGCGUGUGCAGUACUCCGAUCGGCACCAAGUCUUUCAUCCCGCGCGAGCAGGAGAUUUACUGUGCUGGCUGCUAUGAGGACAAGUUCGCCACUCGCUGCACCAAGUGCAACAAGAUCAUUACCACCGGAGGUGUGACCUACAAGAACGAGCCGUGGCACCGUGAGUGCUUCACCUGCACCCACUGCAACACCUCGCUGGCUGGACAGCGCUUCACCUCCCGUGACGAGAAACCCUACUGCGCCGAGUGCUUUGGAGAACUGUUUGCCAAGCGCUGCACGUCGUGCAGCAAGCCUAUCACUGGAAUUGGUGGAACGAGGUUUAUCUCGUUUGAAGAUCGCCACUGGCACAACGAUUGCUUUGUGUGCGCCACUUGCAAGUCGUCGUUGGUGGGUCGCGGAUUCAUCACCGACGGUGACGAUAUUAUUUGCCCAGAAUGCGCUAAGCAAAAGCUGAUGUAAGUCUCCAGAAACGUGCCUAAGCCAUCUCUGUUGCCUUAAAAAAGUUAUAAAGAAAAUCAAUUAAUGUCUAAGGCAGUAUUUUUGAAGCAGAUCAAGGAAUGAUCAAUCAUCAUAUCCCCGCCUCCAUCGUUCUAAAAUGAACUAACGGUAACAGGCUUUUUUUCUCGUCUGCAAGAUUUGAAUAACUCCGCCACCGUAAAAGUAUUAUUUUCCAUCUCAAUCUUUCGUUUUUGUUUUAUAUAUCUUUUAAUUUCUUUUCCACGAAAAUCUUGUUUUUUGUACUUUUUGCAUAAAUGGAAAUAAUUGCAUUGCAUUUUGACCGGCCCGGAUUUGUAUAUUAUCACUCUCUUGUGGACCAUUUGCGCGUGACUAAAACUGUUGUGACAUUUUUAACCAAGUCAAUUGUUGUUAGAGAUAAGCCGGAAAAGUCAAAAGUCGUCUGCCUGAUGGUCUCGCAUUUUAAAUUUCGACUUCGCUCGGCAUCUGGGCCGCAUUUUCAUCCUUUUUUAAAAAAAAUAAUAUUUUAACUAACGAUCAACAUGUAACUAUACUCUUCCCUAAAAGAAGGAAUCAAAUCAGAGGUACUUAAAUACUGAAAUAACAACUUCUCUACCCUAAUAGAUCACACGCGCGUAGAUUUGUUACUCGAUAGGUGAUAGUGGAUGCUAAUCAACGUAAAAAUAUCAAUUUUGAGAUCAAUUAUUUAUGAGGUUGCCCGUGAGCUGAGAGGGCACCUUAAACGCUAAAAUGUGUAUUCCUGCUAUAGAGUUAUAACUAUAUAUUUAUCAGACAAAUUGUCGUCGCAUGUACUUACACUAAUUUAACUUGUCAAUGUGGCCUUCAAAGACGAUAAUCACUAUGAGAAAGAGAUAAUAUAUUGAGGAAAACUAAAGUGCUGAAAACGCAUAACUAUAUAAUAUAUAUACCUAAUAUAUAUAUUUGCAAAGAAGUUAUUGUUAGGGAGGAAAUUUUGACGUUCUUACACGAAUAUACAACAUCUGUGGUCAAACUCAGUCUCAUCAACUGGCGGACAACAAUAUUUUGGUUGCCUUACUUAAUUUUAACAAAUAAAAAUCCUCUUCCUAAUAUAGUGAACAAAGUGUUGUUGUGACCGAGAGGCGAGGAAUCUCUUCUACUCGCUUAGAAACUAGCAAUCUAGAUAAGAAACACGUACUAAUCAAGUGAGUAUUUUAUUGUUUUCUUUUCGACAUAUUUUAUAGUUCGUUAACAUCCGUUUUAUUAUUAUCAUUUACGUAUCUUAAUUUUACGAGAGAAAGAACCUUACCUUUUACAAUGCCUUUCCGCAAAACACUUGAAGAGUGCAAUGUCCUUAAUAGCCCUUUAGUCUUUGAGCGGGAACGCGCUACUCUCUACGUAGGAAAUAUUAAUUACAACCAAGGAAUAUAUCCAAUCAGUAUUGUCUGUUGCUUUCGGUGUCUUAUCAAACAAACCAAUUCUACAUUAUGUACUUGUGCCUUUUAAUUUUUAUUCGGGGAUUUUAAUAAUACAAUUAUACACAUACACACACACACACCCAUCUAUACUUUUGAUUGUGAACACACGCAAACACGUGUGCUACUCUAAUCCUGAUGAAUGGACUGUUGUAAAAGCGAAAACCGUCAAAGAGAGGAAACUAUUCUAUAUAAUUACAUAAAUAUAUAUGCGAACGCCUAUAAUUUGUGGAUGAAAAAUACAAUCCGAGCGAAACAAUGUAUAUUUAUUGCCUGUGCUGUAAUUUAGCAACAAGUCAGAGCAAGUAGUGGGUAAUUUGCGGCCUUGUAUAUCAUAUUCUAGAACACGAAGGACACGAAUAAAAUUAUUAAAACAUGUGCAUAACUAGAAUA